AUGGAGGCUCCCAGGGUGGCAAAUGGGAUUCCAAUGGUCAAAGUUGUAAAGGAAGAAUUCUGUGUCCCUCACCUUGUGGAGUUGAUUGUGAAGAAGAUAGACAGUAUAACUUCACGCAUGAAAUAUCAAAUUUCAGACGUUAAUGGAAAGGUACAGUUUGAGGUUGAUGAUUUUCAACAAACAUACAGGCUGAAGCGGCGUGGGAAAUCCAUGCAUGAUGCUGCCGGUUUUGGUUUACCUGUGCUUAUCUUGUUCGAGGAUAAGAAACACCGCCACCGAUGGACGGUUCAUCGAGGAGGAAGCUCACUGGGAAAUGAUCCCCUCUUCAGCGCACAAAGAUCUUACACUACCGAAAUGAGACCAAGAGUUGAAGUCUUCCUCCCAACCAGUGCAACUGAAGGUAUCUGCGACUUCCAGAUUGUUGAAUAUUACUCCUCUAAAUUUUAUAAAGUUUACAAAGACCAUACUGUCAUUGCUGAGGUAAACUACAGCUCAGAAUUCACAGGUUGUUGCAAACUUGAUGAAACCGUAUUCCAAUCCGAUUGGUUACCAUAA